AAGUUAAACCAAUCAAGUCUUUAUUCAACCUCAUCUAAAGGCCAGUGGUCCUCGUCAAGCCUUCCAAAAAUGGUCCGGAAUAUUUUAUUUGGAUUUGGUGUGACAUUGUUAACAGUAUUAGGACUUGUACAGUGUUCCUAUAAUAUAUCAACAAGAGGAUUUUCACCAUUCAGGAGUGAUAUUGCUAUUGCUUUUUUUGAGGAAGCGCAAAAACAGAGUGAAAAUGACUUGACAAGUAGAGAUGUUAGCCGAAAACAGUGCCUGAGGGAUAUUAAUAAGAUUUAUGAAGGAAUUGCAGACUUGCAGGAAUGGGCUUUGGAGUGGCCAGACUCAUGGGGACGCUUGCCAGUGGGUCUGUUCUGGGGCCACACCAUCAGCAUGGGAGCAUACGAAGAAUGUAUUGCUGCUUCUCAUCAACAAACUGAAGCACAUACGAUACGAGGAAAAUAUUGUUUAGCUAAUAUUCCAAUAGAAGAAUACUACAAACAAGUUAAGCCCCGCAAAAAUGAUAUUCAAGCUCGUGUUAGCUAUAAACAAACUGACCCUACAAGAUUUCAAUUAGGAAUUUGUAUUCCAAAGUCAUGUUCAGCUAAAAUGGGAAAUGAUCUUCUCAUUGGUGUAUUGAAAAAUGUUACUAACAUAGAUUUCUUAAAGAAGAACAUGGUUAGAGAGACACUCUGCAGAACAAAGGAGCCUAUUAUUUUAGAAGGAAUUGAUAUUUUCGCAAUAUCACUUGUAGCAACCGUUACGGCCAUAAUGAUUGUCAGCAGUAUUUACGAUGCAGUUUUACUAAAACAAGGACAAAAAGGACAUCCACUUUUGACAGCAUUUUCGGUCUAUACGAAUGCACCGAAAAUUUUUACUGUCAAAGAGACAAAGAAUCCAAAUGUUAUUCAUUGCUUGGCUGGUUUGAGAUCAAUUUCUAUGAUGUGGGUUGUCUUUGGACAUGGCUAUAUGACUUUCAAUCAAUUGCCUCAUUUGGAUAGAAAUAAAUUUUACACUUGGAUUGAAACUCCAUACUCAAUGCUGGUGCAAAAUGCAACGUUUUGCGUUGACACUUUCUUCUUUAUGAGUGGGUUACUAAUGCUUUGGGGUGCCUUCCGUGAAAUGGAGAAGACCAAGGGAAAACUGAACAUACCUUUGAUGUACUUCCAUCGAUAUAUUCGUCUUACUCCAAUCCUUGCAGUCUUAAUCUUGUAUAUAAUGAGUUUGUACAGAUAUUCCGGACAAGGGCCAAUGUGGAUAAAGAUUGCAACUCAAGACAAAAAAUGCAGUGACACUUGGUGGUACACUUUGUUGUAUAUUCAAAACUAUGCUACUCCACACAAUUACUGCGUUGGCCAAUCCUGGUACUUAGCAGUCGACACCCAGCUGUAUGUGCUCUCACCACUCUUCUUGAUCCCAUUAUGGAAAUGGGGCAAGAAGGCACUUGGUCCUAUAAUUGUGUUUGGCUUACUUUGUAUGGCAUGCACAUAUGCUACUUUUAUGAAGAAUGGCUUCACCCUGUUUCGUGUACAAGACGAUGAUGUUGAUCGUCGUCAAGCACUAACCUACUACCCAACACACACCCGAGUUCCAACAUGGCUAAUUGGUGUCAUAUUUGGUUACUUCUUCUUCAAAUUCAAUCGUGGAAGGCAAAUCGCAAUGAAUAAGACUUUAGUAGUCUUGGGCUGGACUGUUGCUUUGGGGACCAUGUUAGCCUGUGUGUGGGGGCCUUAUUGGAGAAUUCUUCCUGGUACACCUAAUGCACCCAUUGUGGAGGGCGCACUUUAUGAACCAAUUAGUAGGGCUUCCUGGGCCUGCGCAAUCGGCUGGAUUGUAUGGGCUUGUUAUAAUGGACAUGGUGGAAUCAUUAACGAUUUCUUGUCUUGGAGUUUCUUCCAAGUUCUAGCUCGAUUAUCGUACUGCAUGUACAUAAUCCACAGAAUCGUACAAAACGUCAAUGGUGCUCGCCUACAGCAUGACACUAAAUUCGGAGAUUACGAAGCGAUUCUUCGUUUUUGGCAUGAUUUUGGAAUCGCUUUGACACUAUCAUGUUUUGCAACAUUAGCAUUUGAAGCACCAAUUCUUGGAAUUGAAACUGCCAUUUUCAGACGAGGAGCAUCGGCAGAACCUAAGAAACCACAUGAACUAACGAAUGUUACCACAGAUGCAAAGAAAGAUGAAAAGAGUUGUAGUAUAGAAAGUUGAUGUUUCCAUAUAGAUUAUAGUACCUGUAAAAUAAGACCGUAUUAUUUAUAAAAAAAAAUUAAAUAAAAAAAAAUUAA